AUACCUGGAGAUAACAGGAUAUAAAAUGACCUGUGAUUUCUGUUGUGGAAAGUCACAGGCUAUGGCUGGGGCAUUGACGAUAUUACUGGGGUUUAUUCAUACAUUCAUAAUUGAAAGACAUGCUAAUUUUCAGUUUGAGAUUAGUGAAUUAAAAUCUAAUUAGUAAAUUUAAAAUGCACUGUUUUUCCCAUCCAAGCUCAUGGACCUCCCCCAAGGUUCUGUGCAUGGCGGGGUGUCUGUGGACACCAGGUUAGGGUACUUGCUUUAUGUCAUUUAUGUCAUUCGGUUCUGUUCAAGGAACACUCGACAAAGCUUUGCCUCUGUGAGUCACUAUCUGGGCACCACGGAGUGGUACAAGGGAAGUUACUGAUGCAGAGGAGAUGGGAGUGGAGGAGGAAUGACGCUUUGCUGCCUGCUACUACGGGCUGGCAUUUUAUAUCCUGGAUCUCGUUUAAGCUGCACUUAAGCAUGUGAAGAAACUGAAAUUCAGAGAAACGCGCCUGAGGUGUAAUAGCUAGUCAGUUGCCGCGCUAGGAUCUGAACCAAGCCCUGUCCCAUUCCAAGCCGCUCAGUCAGAUUGAGCGUUGGAGGCGCGAGUCCCACUCCCCGCGUAGAGGAGGAUGUGCGCGUCUUUAUGGAGAGGGACGGGAAGUUGCGAAAGCCUGCACUCAAGGAGGAAAAUUGUUCACUUUUGCUUAUUUUGUAGCCAAAAGCUGGGUCUCUUGGAUCGGGUUCGCCUUUCUAAUCCUCGUGGUAGCAAUACUAAAGGAAAGCUAUUUACCCCUCUGAAUGUAGAUGCCAUAGAAGAAAGUCCUUCUAAAGAACCAAAGCCUGUUGGCUCAAACAAUAAAGAGCGUUUCCGCACCGCCUUCCGCAUGAAAGCGUACGCUUUCUGGCAGAGCUCUGAAGAUGCCGGGACGGCCGACCCCAUAGCAGAAGACAGGGGCUACGGGAAUGACUUCCUCAUCGAAGACAUGAUCCCCACCCUGAAGGCCGCCAUCCGAGCCGUCAGAAUUCUACAAUUCCGUCUCUAUAAAAAAAAAUUCAAGGAGACUUUGAGGCCUUAUGACGUGAAGGACGUGAUUGAGCAGUAUUCUGCCGGACAUCUUGACAUGCUUUCCAGGAUAAAGUACCUUCAGACGAGAAUAGAUAUGAUUUUCAGCCCUGGACCUCCAUCUACUCCAAAACAUAAGAAGUCUCAGAAAGGGGCAGCAUUCACCUACCCAUCCCAGCAAUCUCCCAGGAAUGAACCUUAUGUGGCCAGGCCAUCCACAUCCGAAACUGAAGACCAAAGCAUGAUGGGGAAGUUUGUGAAAGUCGAAAGGCAGGUGCACGACAUGGGGAAGAAGCUGGAUUUCCUGGUGGAUAUGCACAUGCAGCACGUGGGGCGGCUGCAGGUGCACGUCGCCCACGUCUGCCCGGGCAAGGGGACCUCUUCGCCAGCGGAGGCGGAGAAGCAGGAGGACCACAGGGGUUCGGAUUUGAAAACCAUCAUCUGUAACUACUCCGAGACCGGCGCCCCCAACGCUCCCUGCGGCUUCCACCAGGUGCCCAUUGACAGAGCCGGCCCCGACCCCAUGAACCUGUCCCAAGGGGCACCCAGUUCUGCAAAGUUUCACGCCACCCUUUCCUCCUCGGCGACCACCUAUGCGGAAAGGCCCACCGUCCUGCCUAUCUUGACUCUUCUCGACUCCCGAGGGAGCUACCACUCCCGGGCUGAACUGCCCAGUCCCUGCUCGGACCGGGUCUCCCCCCAGCAGAGACGCAGCAUCACCCGGGACAGUGACACGCCCCUGUCCCUGAUGUCCGUCAACCACGAGGAGCUGGAACGCUCUCCAAGUGGCUUCAGCAUCUCCCAAGACAGAGACGAUUAUGUGUUUGGCCCGAGCGGGGGGUCGAGCUGGAUGAGGGAGAAACGGUACCUCGCCGAGGGUGAGACAGACACGGACACAGACCCCUUCACGCCCAGUGGUUCCAUGCCUUUGUCGUCCACGGGGGAUGGUAUUUCUGAUUCGAUAUGGACCCCUUCCAACAAGCCCACUUAAAAGGGGUCGUGGGCUGGCUCCUCCUUGUAAUGUAGACAGACUUUGUAUAGCUCACUUGCUCUCACACCCGCCAUGUACCUGUGAGAUCCCCAGUGGCUGCAUCAAACGCGUGCAUGUGCGUGGUAGCCCCACCUGGGCUGGGGCUUCUCGUGGCCUUUUUCUUCUCCAGGUCACCACAGUGAAGCCGCUUCCUUUCAAGCAUGGUUUGCAUGACUUUACACUAUAUAAAUGGUACCGCUAACCUCUUUAGGAUACA